GGCGGCGGGAUCAACGCGACCAACUGGAUCGGCGCGGUCGCCGGCAGCAAGACGGAGCGGCACUCGAUGCGCGACUCCAAGGCCUACGCCGACAGCGAGGCGUUCCUGAGGCUGAUGCCACGCCGGUGGAGGGCCGGCGACGUGUACGCGCCCAAGGACCUGGGCUCCGCCUCCCAGAAGAAGUACGCCAACGUCCAGCGACCCCGCGAGGACAUCUUUGACAUUCUGAAUAUAAACCCGCUUGACAACUACAAGAACUUCUCCGUCAUCUCCGAGUUCAUGACGUCGGCGGGGCGCAUCAGGCCGGCGACGGAGACGGGGCUGCGGGCUGUGAACCAGCGGCGCAUGGCCAAGGCGAUCCGUCGCGCUAUCGGCAUGGGCCUGCACCCGAGCGUGCACCGGCACCCGGAGCUGCUCAAGAAGACGGUGCUG